AUGCCACCCAAAGCCAAAUCCAAAUCAAAAAAGGACCUUUCCCUUACUAAACCCUCUCCAUCCCACCCCAAACCCAACUGGCCUCCUCUACGACCUCUCAUUCCUUCCUCCGACUUGUCCCUCUCCCCGCUCCUCAGGGACCAGAUCUAUCUGAUCCCAAACCUCCUGCCUUCAUCCCUCUGCAAGACCUACGUUUCGUUUCUGGCCUCCUUACCCCUCGUCACUACGCCUGGAAAACCAAAGAAAGACGAGGCAUUGCGCGUCAAUGAUCGGUUACAGAUCCAGGAUGAGACGUUCGCCGAGAUGCUGUGGAGCGAGACGGCGCUGAAAGAGCUUAUCACUGUGCGCGCAGUAGAGGGAGAAGAAGAAGAAGAGGAGGAGGGUGAACAUGGCACUCCUCGUCGCCGCUCGAUGGAGGAGAUCUGGGGCGGGGUACCUUUGGGGUUGAAUGCGAAUAUCCGCAUCUACCGAUAUUCAAGGGGGCAGUUUUUCGGGGCGCACUACGAUGACUACAACACGGUCACCUUUUCCUCCCCUUCAUAUUCAUCCCGACCGGGACGCACCACAUGGACUCUACUCAUCUACCUGACGAAUUGCACGGGAGGAGAAACAGUCUUCUACCCUGAAGCCACUCGGACGAACCGCAAUCCGAGUCCGGUCUCGGUCGCGCCGCAGACAGGUAUGGCACUACUCCAUCGACAUGGCGACAGCUGUCUCUUUCACGAAGGGAAGGAGGUCCUGGACGGAGAGAAAUGGGUGCUUCGGAGUGAUUUGGUGGUGGAGUGUUGA